UGCGCGGCCAGCUCGGUUCUGCUGCAGCCCAGGCACUGCCACCAGCGAGGUCUCCGGAGGCACUGAGGCCCGACCAUGUCCACGCCACGCCGCGUCUCCCGCGCCUGCCCUCGCGCUCGAGCCUGGGGCCGAGCCGCACGAGCUGUCCUCAGCCGGCGGUCCGGCCCAGCAAGCAGGCAGGACCCAGGCACGGGUGAGCAGAGCCCGCUCUUCCCUCUGGGCGCGCACCUGGCCGGCCUUCCCAGAUGUUGAUCUCCUGUUACUGAAAAACAGGAAUUAGCUUGUCUGCUUGAGGAUGUGGUUGGCGCUCUUAUAAAAAGGAUAUAGAAGAAAUCUGUGCAGACUGCCAGCUCCAUUAUGCUGCCGACCGCUUCCAGCAGAAGGAGAACCUUCGCGGCCAGAUAUUUCACCCGCUCCAAGAGCCUGGUGAUGGCAGAGCAGACCCGGGGCACCAGGCAGCCGCUGGGCCUCCGUAGGCCGGGCCCAGUGCUGAAGGCCGGCUGGCUUCGGAAGCAGCGGGGCAUCAUGAAGAACUGGCAGCAGCGCUGGUUCGUGUUGUGCGGGGAUCAGCUGUUCUACUACAAGGACAAAGAUGAGACCAAGCCCCAGGGAUUUAUUUCUCUACAAGGGACUCAAGUGACUGAACUUCUUCCUGGCCCCGAGGAUCCAGGAAAGCACCUCUUCGAGAUCAGCCCAGGGAUCUUUGGGCAGCGGCUGGAGGACACGGUCUACCAAGAGCGGAAGUAUGGCUCCCGACUGGCCCCAAUGUUGGUGGAGCAGUGUGUGGACUUCAUCCGGGAGCGCGGGCUUGCUGAGGAGGGGCUUUUUCGCCUGCCUGGCCAGGCCGACCUGGUGCGAGGCCUGCAGGACUCCUUCGACUGUGGCCAGAAGCCACUCUUCGACAGCACGACAGAUGUGCAUACAGUGGCUUCCCUGCUGAAGCUGUACCUUCGGGAGCUGCCUGAGCCCGUGAUCCCCUUCGCUAGGUACGAGGACUUCCUCAGCUGCGCCCAGCUGCUAACCAAGGACGAGGGGGAGGGGACUCUGGAGUUGGCCAAACAAGUGCGCAACCUUCCUCAGGCCAAUUACAACCUACUCAAAUAUAUCUGCAAGUUUCUGGAUGAAGUGCAGUCCCACUCAGACGUCAACAAGAUGAGCGUGCAGAACCUGGCAACUGUGUUUGGACCUAACAUCCUGCGGCCGCCACUGGAGGACCCAGUGACCAUUAUGGAAGGUACCUCCCUGGUCCAGCACCUGAUGACCGUCCUCAUCCGAAAACAUGGCCAGCUCUUCACGGCACCCACCCCAGAAGGGCCCAUAUCGCCGUGUAGGAGGUCACCGUGCACUGUGGGCUGGGGCUCUGAGGAGGCCAACAAGGACAGCCAGGGCAAGCCUGGGGACCCUGGCUUGCCCACACACAGGACCUCAUCCCUGGAUGGGCCAGCUGCUGCCGUGCUCUCUAGGAUGUCCCCCCCGGGCCAGGGCAGUCCCAGGAAGAGGGUGCAGACGCUGCCAGGCUGGAAGUCAUCUUUCCACCAGCGGGGACCAGGGUCAGUGAGCCCACAGCAGGGCAGUACGUCCCUGGAGGUGCCUGUGGCCUCUGGAGGCGGCAGCAGUGGCUGUGGUGGCCGGGGGAAUUGGCUUAUGAAUGGGCUGUCGUCUCUGCGUGGCCACCACCGGGCCUUAUCGGAGGACCGGCUCAAGGACUCCAACUCCACACAGAGACUUUCCACCUAUGACAACGUGCCCCCGCCCAGCCUCUUUUCCAGCAUGGCCAGUGUGGCCAGCACAGGGUGGUCCCCAGCCUCAUCACCCCGAGAUGCCUCUGUCAGUAGCUGCACGGCCUGCAGGGCCAGCGACUCGUCAGCUGGCUGCUCCCUGCAUACUGAAUGGGCCCUCCAGCCGUCCCCACUCCCCAGCAGCAGUGGUGAGGACAGAAGUUCCCCUGACCCAGCCUACGGCCCAGAUGAAGCAGGGGUGGGCGACAGCAGCAGCCAGGAACCCAGCAACCCUGGAAGCCCUGGCCAGGACCCUGCCCACCGCUGCCGGGUGCUCCAGGGCCUGGUGGCCGAGCUCAGGGCAGAACUGUGCCACCAGCGGACCAAGUACGAGGCAAGCCUGAGAAGCAUCGAAGAGGGCAGUGUAGAGCUGCGGGGACAGCUGUCUCAGCUGGAGGAGGAGCUGGUCCAGGAGAGGAAGAAGCACUCCAUGUUGGAGAUCAAGCUGCGAAACUCAGAGCGGGCACGGGAGGAUGCAGAGCGCCGGAACCAGCUGCUGCAGAAGGAAAUGGAGGAGUUCUUUUCCACCCUGGGGAGCCUGACAGUCGGGGCCCAAGGCACCAGAGCCCCAAAGUGAAAGGACCAGAGGGCACACUCUGCAUGCCAAGCCAGAAGCCUUGUCACUGGCCCAGGCAGGACAGGUGCUUGGAGACAGACCCAGCUACCCAUGGACUCUGGGGCCCCCCACACCCAGGCAGGAUCUGCUGCUGUUCCCUCUGACUACCCAGGGUCUGGCAGGCAUCAAAGGGGAUGGUGACUAGAGUGACUUUUAGCCUCUCACCCAGGAAGAGCCCCAGGGCUUCUCACUGCAAGCUGCGGUAUCCAGAGCUGCAAGCUUCCAGGAGCCAUCGUGCUGUAUAUUAAAUACGUUCUGACAGCAUG